GUGCUGGACCAGUCAGUGACUGCAGCACGGCGUUCAUCUCAUCACGUGCGGUCAUCAGAGUUGUCUUUCACGCGACACACGGUCAUCUCAGCAAAAUAUGGAUCAACCUCAUCUGUGGAAAAUACAGCACCGGAAGUUCACGUAAUAUCGCGAGAAAGAAUGACGGAAACACCACUCUACCAUCUUUCAUUCAGGAGUUUUUUCUAUUAUCUUACAGAGUUUUUCUGUUAUCUUACAGUGUAUUAUUAUUUGUGUUUGUAGAAUCUGUUCUUUUGGAAAAGUAGCUCGGUCUGACAUGUGUGCUCUGUUUACCUGCGCGGAGCCUGCCACAUGGAGAAAGGUUCAUCAGAAAUACUGGGAUGUAGUGGAAUCCAGGAUGACAGCCAAGACGGGCAAGACAGCCCAAAAACUGCUGACCCUGGACAAGUGGUACCAAGAAGAGCUGCCUGCUGCCAUUUCAAAUCGGUUUGACAGGCAUGUCACUCACGUGGAGCUGGUGAAACUAAUGGAGUGGAAACUUAUUAGAGGCAAGUUCAGGCCUCGGCUGCAGCAGCUGGUGGAAUCUAACAGUGCAGACACAGUGGAGAAAUGUUCAAGAAAGGCCUUCAGACUCCUGCCAGAUGUUCAGGCAGCCAUCACUGAGCUCAGUGCCCUGAAGGGUGUUGGCCCUGCCACGGCAUCAGCCAUAUUGGCAGCUGCAGACCCACAGCAGGCAGCCUUCAUGUCAGAUGAGGCCAUUGAGAGCAUCCCAGGAUUAACGCCUAUCCAAUACACUGUCAAACACUAUAUCCUCUAUUUGACGAAGAUAAUUGAACAAACUGAAAAACUGAACAGAAUGGACUGCCUGCCGGACUGGACUCCUCAGAGGCUGGAGCAGUGUUUGUGGGCCUUUAGCAUUGCCACAAAGCAGCAGCUCCCAUUUCUACAGGACAUCUCUGUAAGCAACAAAAGAAACUCUGAAUGUGAGGAGAAACCACAAAAGAAAUUGAAAGUAAAAUAAAAUCAUGUAUGCUCCAA